UCGAGGAUUGAUUCGAGUCAUAUGCGGCAUGUCCGGCGGCGUGGAUUCGACUGUGUCGGCCUGGCUCCUGAAACAACGCGGGUGUCAAGUCGAAGGCGUGUUCAUGCGGAAUUGGGAUUCCGCGAUGAAUCUGGCGUGUGCACGUUGACGGGAAGCCGAAGCCGCGUCCGACAUUUGUCGACGACUGGACAUCCUUCAGCGAAGUCAACCUGGUCAGACCUAUUGGCACGAGGUGUUCCUCCCAUUGAUUGAAGACUAUCAACGGGGUCUCACGCCCAAUCCAGAUAUCUUUUGUAACAGUCGAGUUAAAUUUGAUGCCUUUUGGCGACAUUGCAUCCAGGAUCUCGGGGCGGACGCCAUAGCCACUGGACAUUAUGCCCGGACUUCAUUUGGCGACUUUGGCGAACACGCCCAUCCGGAUCGAGCCGUUCAGUUGCUUCGCUCUAUGGACUUGCACAAGGAUCAGACCUUCUUUUUGUCUCGCGUGUCGGAAUCCGCUCUUCGAAAGGUCAUGUUUCCCGUGGGAGGCAUGACGAAAGAUUUGGUCAAGCAGAUCGCCGUUCAAGCCGGAUUUGAAGAUAUUGCCAAGAAGAAGGAGAGCAUGGGUAUUUGUUUUAUUGGCCGAAGAAAAGCCGGAUUUCAGGAGUUUUUUCAACAUUAUGUGGAAGAUUUGCCCGGGGAUAUUAUUGACCAAGAGACCGGUCGGGUCUUAGGGCAACAUCGGGGUGUUCAUAUGUGGACUUGUGGGCAACGAGUUCCAUUGACCAGCGACAAUCGGAAAUUGUUCGUGAGUCACAAAGAUGCGGGGACCAAGGCCAUAUACGUGGUGAAUGGGUCGUCCCAUCCGGCCUUAUUCUGUGAGAACUUUUUUGCCAGCGAUCCGUUUUGGAUUAACGGUCAACCUGAUCAAUUAAGACAUGGUGAGAAGUCCUUGGAGUGUCAAUUCCGCGUUCAAAACAACCAACCAUGGACUCCAUGUGUGAUCAAUCUCGGCAUGUCAGCCACUUCUGGUCGAAAUUGGGAGUACAUGGACCAAGGCAAUCUCAUUGUAAGCUCAGCUAAACCUCUUCGGGCUGUCACUCCGGGACAACAUGCCGUGUUUUAUCAAGGUGAAGUGUGCCUAGGAUCGGCUAUUAUUACUCGCGCCGGUGCCAAUUUCCAGACUAUGGGUAAAGCGAGUCAGAUUUAUGAUAACAAGGCCUAGGAAUUAGCAAAUCGAUACCUCGAAAGCUGACAUGAGCGAGAAAUUCGAAAAUUUAUUUCGUCUAUACGAUAAAUAGGUAUGGAUCAUUCAUCACAGCCCUGAAUUUUGAGUCAGAAAACCCUUGCUAUGAGCAGAGAGAGAUCUAAUAAUAAUGCCCUCAUGAGUUGUGUGUGACCA